GCAAAGCCAGCAACUUCCGGCGUCUUCCGGCUCGAGUCUGCGCAGUACAAGCGGAUUAGAGCAGGAGUAACUUGUCCCACGGAUAAGAAGAGAAAUGCUUAAUUUUCCUUUCAAUUUUCCUUUUUCUUGGAGCACUUCCGUAUAGAAAACCAUGGCUGAUUCUGUGGCAUCAGAAGACCAGAAAUUCUGCUUACAGGAGGUGCUCGACACUUUCAAGUUGUGUUUGUCGGAAAAUAAAGAAGUAUAUCUUGAACACUACGUCGCUGGGUGGCGUGGUCUUGUAAAGUUUCUGAACAGCUUGGGGAGUGUCUUUGGCUUCAUUUCCAAAGAUGCUGUCACCAAGAUCAAGAUCCUGGUCAGCUACCUGGAUGGUGAGAACGGGUCUCAGUAUGUCACCUUCCAGUCAAUGGUAAAAUAUGAGCUGGAGAAUGAACUAGUGGACCUGACCAAGAGAGGCAUCCAUCCAGAGUCAGGCUGCCGCACUCUACUGAGGCUCCACCGUGCGCUGAGGUGGCUGGAGCUCUUCCUGGAGCGCCUCCGCACCAGCAGCGAGGACAGCAAGACCUCGGUCAUGUGUGCGGAGGCCUACAAUGAGUCUCUAGCACAGCACCACCCUUGGGUGGUCCGCAAGGCUGCUGGCAUGGCAUUCUGCGUGCUCCCAGGGCGCCCUGCUUUCCUUGAAGUGAUGAAUGUAGGCCCCCCGGAGCAGGUCGUGGCCAUGCUAGGGGAAGCUAUACCUCUUAUCUCUGAGGUGUACCAGAUCACAGAGGAACUUUACGCUCAACAUAAUCUGCUUGACUUACCAUAGACAGCAACAAGUGCUAUUAUCUGCCACUUUAUACAUUACAUGAUUAAAUAUCUACACCUUGUCCCUUCUGAAGGGCUGUCAAGCUAGCUACUUGCUACAAAGUUGAUUCGAAUUAUUUGGGUAUACAUUAUUUAGAACUAGAGCUGCAAUGAUUAGUUGAUUAGUCGAUCAAAGGAAAGUUAAUAUGCAACAAUUUUGAGAAUCGAUUAAACAUUGAAGUCAUUUUUUCAAGCAAAUAUUUGAUGGUUUCAGGUUCUCAAAUGUAGGAAUUUUCAUGGUCUUACAAUAUAGUAAAUUUAAUAUUUUGGGUUUUUUCACCGAUUUGAUAAUCGAAGUCGAUAAUGAAAAUAAUUGUUUGUUGCAGCUCUAUUUAGAAUUGACACCAAUCAUGAUUUUAUGUAUCGGAGAAAUGCUUGUAUGAAAUAAUGUAAUAGAGCCAUUAGGUCAGAUUUUUGAUUUUCUCAUACCAUAUUUCAUUCAAAUAUUAACAUAUUUAUGCUCCUGUUACACAGUGGACAUUGCUGUCAUCUAAUACUAGAUGAUCUGAUACUGGUUGAUACCAGAUACUGCAUAACUUAUCAUGGUCUUUAGUAAAAAUCCAGAUAGAAGACAAAUGGCAAACUGCAGCCUUACCGGGAGAGUAGCAGUUUCCAAACCACUUACUUCUUCAGUGACAAAAAAGUCUAAACAUGUCAACAGUACUAACUUUAUCUGGGAGAUACGUACUCUAACAUUACAGACAGAAGUGCUGGAAUAAUGUGGAUCCUUAAAUUUCUACAAACACAUAGAAACAUAUUUGCAGUUCAAUGGCCAAACCAAAUACUACGACAUUUUUACUUAGAAGGAAAAAAAAUCUGUAAUGUUUUUGGUAACUUAUGGUAGAAAAGCUUUUAGUAGUGGACUCAGAGUUGUUGGUAUUCUUUAUUUAAAGUAAUUGGUGUGUUGUUUUACAAGAAUGUACUGUACUACACACACAUAUAUAUAUAUAUAUAUAUAUAUAUAUAUAUAUAUAUAUAUAUAUAUAUAUAUAUAUAUAUAUAUAUA